CCGCUUCCUUCUCAGCAUUCGAGCAAUUGCCAGUGAAUCCAUCAUCCCAAGCCCUCGCGCAAUCUGUUCCUAUUGUCCCUCUCUCGCUCUCCAAUCGCCACCGACUUCGCUCGUCUCCUCCGUCGGACGAUGGACGAGCCGGCUCUGCAGCUCGUCACCGACGUCGGCGCUCAGAUUCUCCGGCAAUCGCGCCCGAACAAGGAUUUCCUUGUCAAGUCUCUCCGCAAAGCUGCAAGUGCAUUGUCCCAAAUAGAGCAAUCUUCAGUGCUAGAGGCUGCUCGGCAGGUAGAAGCUGCCAAAAAGGUUCAAGAUGCCUUAAAGCCUUUAAGGGAGACAAUAGUGAAGCAUUCUCUUGCACGGCAUAAAGACAGGGAUGUUAGGCUUCUUGUCUCCAUAUGCGCAAGUGAAAUCUUUCGGGUCAUGGCCCCUGAGCCACCUUUUGAGGACAAGUAUCUUCCGGACAUAUUUAAACUCAUUGCUAGCAUGUUUGAGGAGCUGGCUGACACAGAGAGCCCAUACUUUUCGAAGAGGGUUAAAAUUCUAGAGACAGUUGCACGUUGUAAAUGCUGGGUGGUAAUGUUGGACAGCGAGUGUAGUGAUCUUAUUCUUGAAAUGUUCAAUGUCCUCUUCUCCAUCGUGAGAGAAAAACAUGAAAAGAGUUUGAUUAAUGAUAUCAUGUCGAUAUUGACACAUAUCAUCGACGAGGAAGCUUCUGAGCAGCUCUUGGAGGUGAUACUGCGAAAUCUUUUGAAAGAGGAAAAGGGUGUACCAUCUGCUUCUUCUCAGCUUGCUGUCUCUGUCCUGCAAACUUGUUGCCAGAAGCUUGAACCCUUCGUUCGUGGUUUUUUAACAUCCUGCAUCAUGGAUAGAGAUGCCGAAGGGAGUGCACUCAGAGAGAUUUACCAUAAAAUAAUACUUAAAAUAUUCAUCUGCACUCCUCAGAUGCUUUUUGAUGUCAUCCCAAACCUGACACAAGAGUUACUGACUGAUCAAGUGGAUGUUCGAAUAAAAGCUGUAAGUUUGGUUGGGAAAAUCUUUGCUGUGCCUGGAUGCCGAGCUGCACAGAACUAUCACGAUCUUUUUGUAGAGUUUUUGAACAGAUUCUCUGAUAAAUCUGUGGAAGUUAGAGUCACAGCUUUGCAAUGCGUAAAAGAUUUCUGUACAGCCAACCCCACUGGGGCUGAAUUAAAUGAAGUUCUCUCUGCACUUGAGGGCCGACUAUUGGACAUAGAUGAUAGAGUGAGGAUACAGGCUGUGGCAGCUAUCUGUGAUCUGGCAAAAUGUAAUUUAAAGUUCAUUCCACUCACAUUGAUAUCUCAAGCAGCCGAAAGACUUAGAGAUAAGAAGAUAUCUGUGAGGAAGAAGGCCUUACAGAAGUUGAUGGAGGUAUAUAGGAGUUAUUGCAGCAUGUGUGCUGAAGGCAACAUGACCAUAGUCGACCACUUCGAACGGAUUCCAUGCAAUGUCUUGAUGCUUUCCUAUGAUAGAGAUUGUAAGGAAUUCAGGUCCCAAAACAUGGAGCUUCUACUUGCUGAAGAUUUAUUUCCUGAUAUUUCUUUACUGGAGAGAACAAUGCAUUGGGUGCACAUGUUUUCUUUGUUCACAUCUAUGCAUGUAAAGGCACUGGAUACUAUAUUGUCUCAGAAACGCAGGUUGCAGUCUGAGCUAAGAAAUUUCUUGGCUCUAAGAAAGAAAGAGAAGGAGACCUGUUCGGAUGAAUUGGAAAAGAAAAUCAAAGCAUCAUUUGAGAGAAUGUCUGCAUCAUUUCUAGAUCCCACCAAAGCAGAGGAGUGCUUUUACAAGCUAGACCAAAUGAAGGAUAAUUAUAUUUUUAACUCGCUUGCUCAGCUGUUGGAUGAAGCAUCACUUAUAAAAGCUCAACAUGCCCGAGAAAAUUUCAUGAAAAAGAUCAGGGAUAGACAUCCACAUGUCGAUUUUUUGCGUUUACUAAGUGCCAAGUGCAUCUUCAACAUAUUCAGCUCAGAACAUGUGCAGAACAUACUGAAUUAUCUUUCCAGUGGGAAAUUUGGAGGCAGACACUUGGAGGUUUCUUCAAUCAAACUACUUAUGGCUAUUGUUCGUUACUGGCCCUCCCUCCUCAAAGGUUCAGAAGUGAAGCUCUGUUACUUAUUAGAGAGGAAUGAGCCCUAUCGUGAUCAACUGACCGAAACCUUAGCUAAAGCAGGCAGCCACAUUUUUGUCAAACUCAGUGAUAUUUACCCGAUCUUGGAGCGGAUGUGCCUUGAGGGUACUCGUGCUCAAUCCAAAGUUGCUGUUUCUGCAAUUGCUGCUGUCAUGGGCAGUGCAGAGCAAUAUGUCUUUUCAGAACUGACCAAGAGACUGGUGGAUUCAUUGCAUAGUGGGAAGAAUCUACCCACUGUCUUGCAAUCUUUGGGAUGUCUUGCACAACAUUCAACUGCCACCUUUGAAGAGCUAGAUGGAGAGAUUACUCCACUACUACUAGAGAAAACGUUUCAGAUGAAUUCGCUGGAUGAUUCAACUUCCGGGGAGGAAACAUCAGGAUGUAGCAAUUCCUGCAAAUUGAGGAUUUAUGGCCUGAAAGCUCUUGUCAAAAGCUUUUUGCCUCAUCAUGGCAGUCAAGUGAGGAGAAAUAUUGACCAUUUGUUGAGCUUGUUGGUAAAAAUGUUGCAAGAAGGAAAAAACACUGAUUCUGUCCUUUCCAGUGGAAAUGACUCUUCUCAUAUAAGACUGGCUGCAGCGAAAUCUGUUCUUAGGCUUUCUAAGAGAUGGGAUUUACACAUAUCUCCAGAAAUAUUUCACUUGACAAUCUUAACCGCAAAGGAUCCUUCUUCCUUGGUCAGGAGAAUAUUCAUAGAUAAAACACGUAAACUACUAAGGGAGCGCGUUAUUCCAAGUAGAUAUGCAUGUGCUUUUGCGUUGGCCACUUCCGAUUGUGUCACAGAUAUAAAAGAUGAUUCUUUGAAGUAUAUGGGAGAGUUUGUUAAGGACCAUGCCAGGGAAGCUUGUGGUCACCAGACAUCUUCUGUGCGAGGAUGUUCAAUCACUGGUUUGCCAGUUUACAUAUUGGUAUUCUUGAUUCAUGUUCUUGCGCAUGACGAGGAUUUCCCUCCUGAAAAAUAUCAGGAUGAACACAUAUUCUGUCACUUUUGCAGCCCUCUUUUUCACCUCAUACAGGCUUUAGUAAACCCGGAGAAUUUCAAUGGUGAUUUGGUUCUCAUUGCUGACACUUUCUCGCAAUUGUUUAGUAUAUUUAAAGGGAUUAGAAAAGCUGAGGAUGCUGUUGAUGCUCAUAAAUCUCCUAGACUGCACAUUCUGUCAGACAUUGGAAGUGCCUUUACAAGUUCGUUAAACCAGGGCAGUAUCUCCUCAUCAUGUUCCCCUGGGGUUGUUUUACUGCCAUCGUCAAUUUAUACCGCUAAUACAAAGGGUAUUACUCGCUAUGCUAUCGAAGAAGGACUUGUUGAGAAGAUCAUUGAGCUUUUCAAGAAUAACAUCUCCAAGGUUGCUAGCAGUCUUGCUAAAUAUGGUAGGUCUGUUGAGCAUCAUGAACAACCAGAAAACACGAAGUCCAAAAGAUUGAGGAAUGUGUCGCAUGAGCAAGCCAAUUCCCUGACUACUAGAAACUCAGUAACUCGAAAAGAUACUGCUAGCAAGAUGAGUGCGGGAAUGAAACGAAAGCAUGCUGCCUCUCCAGAUGUGGAUUCUGAUUUGUUGGGCAAGGAGUUUCCACCAAUUGUUGAGCACGGAAAUGAUGGAUUCGAACCUACUAUGGACAAAGAACAGCUUUUGUCUUCUUGUGAUUCUGUAGAUAAAGUUACAACAUUGACGGAGAAACGAGCGAAGAGUGGGAAGACAAGUAGAAAUGGUACUUCUUUGAAAGAGAAUACUGAGGCAGGUAGUAGCGUUACCACUGAUUCUAAUGCAUCUUACAGGGCCAAGCUUCGUGAUCCAUCCCGCUUGAAGGAAACUUGUCGUAAUAAAGAGGUGCAAGUUCUGCAGCAAAUCAAAUUGUUUUCUAUAGUUGAUGAAUGCUCCGAUUCACGCAUUGUGGAUGGUUUUUCCUCUGAAAGCAACGAUCACAAGGUGAAACUUUUCAGAUCGGGAAAUGUUGGAUUGCAGUGAGGAGGAUGAAAUAAUGUGCUUGGAGUGAACCUGGAGAUAAUCAAGCGUUGGGCGGGUCAGGCAGCAGAACUCAAAGAGGCAGAAGUUUGGGGCAUCAUGUGAACUCCCAGAUGAUAAGGAAAUGGCUCUCGCCCUCUAAUGCUAUAGGCAUAGCAGUUAACAAGAUUGUUUGGCAAGGGCCAUCCUGGUAAAUGUUCGCGGUUCCAUUAAACAUUUUGGUGCUUGUACAGCGUCUUAUAAUGUCCAGGUUAAAUGUUAUAUGUAAUGCUUAGGUUGAGAUUGACUGUGUACUGGCUAUAUGUGUUUGGAUCUGAUUUAUUUGAAAGUCAAACUAACCAGAAGUUAGAUCUCACAAGGUGCUUGAAGGAUGUAAUUACAGGAAGUGAGUCUUGAAUCUCUCUUGAUUAUUUGCAAAACCACCCUGUCUACAAUUACCAGUCGAGCAGAACAUCAGAAGCAUUUGUAGCUCUUGAGUUCCUUUUUGAGAGUUCAUUGGCUGCUUGGUUCCUUAUUCCUCUUUUCGUAGAGGAUUUCCAUGAAGGAUGUCCGAUCUAUGGCUACUUUAUCCAGUUCAAUAUAUGAACCAAUCGGUGUGCCUAACUUUUGAAGAUGGCUUGCCAACAUCUUUGCUUUGUUCAGCUGAAGUUCAAUGUGGAAGAUUCAUUUUCCUACAUAAGCCUCUAUUUUUGCGUGUUUAGUAAUUUUCUAGCUAGUAACUUUUCACCGAAGAGUUACUAAAUAUCUUGGAGAAUUACUUGUCAAUUGGCUGAACCAGUUGCCUCUCUUUGUAUAGUUAGAUGAUUCAGCGGUGGAUGUGACCUCGUUAAAGAUUGAAGCUGAACAACCGAAAUUCGAUACAGAUGUAUAACGUCUGCUCACUUAGAUACAUGUGGCAAAAUGUUGUCAAGGACCCUUGUUUUGACUUAUAUUAAAUGGAUCGAAUGGCGUACGGGUCACUAAAAGUUUUAACAAGAUGUUGGGCUAGGCUUAUAAUGCUAAAGUCC